UUUCCUUCUUCGGACAUUCAUCUCCCUUCAGAACAUAACACAUUCAGAAAGAAAAAAAGAAGAAAACAGAGACAUAAAACAGAGGAGAGAUGCAAUUGCAUAUAUCUCCGAGCUUGAGACAUGUGACAGUGGUCACAGGGAAAGGGUUGAGAGAGUUCAUAAAAGUGAAGGUUGGUUCUAGAAAAUUCUCUUAUCAAAUGAUGUUUUAUUCUUUGCUCUUCUUCACUUUUCUUCUCCGGUUCGUCUUCGUUCUCUCCACCGUUGAUUCUAUCGAUGGCGAGCCCUCUCCUUGCUCCUCUCUUGCUUGCUUGGGAAAGAGGCUAAAGCCAAAGCUUUUAGGAAGAAGGGUUGAUUCUGGUAAUGUUCCAGAAGCUAUGUACCAAGUUUUACAACAGCCUUUAAGCGAACAAGAACUCAAAGGAAGAACUGAUAUACCUCAAACACUUCAAGAUUUCAUGUCUGAAGUCAAAAGAAGCAAAUCAGACGCAAGAGAAUUUGCUCAAAAGCUAAAAGAAAUGGUAACAUUGAUGGAACAAAGAACAAGAACGGCUAAGAUCCAAGAGUAUUUAUAUCGACACGUCGCAUCAAGCAGCAUACCUAAACAACUUCACUGUUUAGCUCUUAAGCUAGCCAGCGAACAUUCGAUAAAUGCAGCUGCGCGUCUCCAACUUCCAGAAGCUGAGCUAGUCCCAACCUUAGUCGACAACAACUACUUUCNACUUUCAUUUUAUGGAGCCAAGGCGUCCCAAGGAUGGCAUUAUACACGCUUGGACGGUCGACGACUGCAAAGUCAAAGAGGUGAACCGUACCACCGACCCUCAUUGGGAGCAUGA